CCGCAAAUGAUUUUUAAUGACAAUUUCUUACACAUCGUAAUACUUUAAAUAUUGAAAGAGAAUAAUAUAAGGUUCGUAUUUAACUACCAUCCGAUAAUUAGAGUAAUUGAUGUGCCAAUUAGUUCUUGACAUAAUAUCCAAGCCUCCCACGGUGAAAUGUAUUAUGUUCUAAUUAUGAUAAUCCUGCAAUUAAAGAUUGAUUUUAUGCUUACAUUCUAUCAAGUUUGUGCAAACGUUUAACUCAUUUUUUCAUCAAUCUAGUUUAAGAAAGCGUGAGAAAAAUUGAUAUACUAUUCAUAUUAGCAGCAACUCUGCCAACAACUCAAUUUAUCGAGACAAGGAAUGAAAUGUAAGGAAGUCAAUACGGUUAUGUAACACUUGCAAACUCAUAUUGACUUGCACACUUACAAUGAGGUGUGAACAGCAAGAAAACAGAGGCAAUCUCAAAGACACCAUCCUCUGUUUUUUAGCACCCAACCCAUAAUUCAUCUCAUCUCCCCACCAUACUCUCAAAUCAUUUCAAGUCACCACCUUUCUCAUAACCCUUUUUCAUAGUUUGUUUCCUUCAAAAUCUUUGGGACUUCCCGCGCAAACCCAUCAAAGAAAAAGGGGUAAAAUCCAAACAACCGUAAGUCCAUAACCAUUCCUCCAUGAGCCCAAUCCCAUUAGUUAUGCUAGAGCUUUCUGGAUUCAGCUUUGCCUUUGGAGAGAAAUGGGCUAAAAAGUUCCAAUCUUUAUCAUACUUUCAUGAAAGAACUUGGCCAAAGAAAAGAGAAAGUUGCAAUCUUUAUCAUGAUCCAGGACCCUCUCAAGGAUGCCCUUCCACUCAACCAUUUUGUUGGUUUUUUCCACUCUGGAUCAUGAUCAUCCAAAUUUUGGACCCCACCAUUCUUGGUCUCUUGUUCAUCUAGCUACAUCAAGCGCAACAGAACAAACCCAUAUAUGCUUCCAGCUCUUGCCAGCCAGCAAGGCCCUUUUUAGAAAUCUGUUUCAGGUUUCACAAUUAGGCUUUCUUCUUGGCUCAUCAUUCCUAGAUAACUAGGUCAUCCUAAUCAAUCUUGGUCAUCUUAAUCAAUCAGUUUUCGGAGGAUACCAUAACAAACCUUAUAUCAUUCGCUUACACGUAUCCUUAAGUGAAACCUAGCUUAUAGACAUGGAAUUUGCACAAUAUCGCAAGUAAGAUCCUUUUGCCAUCAGAGAUACUCACCCUAUAUCAAAGUUCCAAUAGCUUGAGCUGUUGUCCAAGCACUAUCUUCUUACAGCAAUCAUAUACGGCUUUCUUUCUUUUUUGGUUUUCCAUCAUUUGAAGGAAAACUGUUUUCAGUUAUGAAUACCCCUCAAGAAAUACAUUCAUAUGCCCCUUUUGUCUUCAGUCCUUUAAGCAAUUCAGUUAUGCAUAUAAACACAACCCUUCUACCAAUUCCCAACAAAAAAGAUAAGAAGCAGACAACAGAUUUUUUUUUUUUCAAACCCCUUUUCACAUUCUGUCUGGUCUUCUCUCUGCUUUCAAAUCCACCUUUUCCGCUCCUAUAUAAAGAGCAGCUUCCCAUUUACACCCUCUCCCCAUCACCCAAAAACAAAAACAUAAAACAUCCUACAACCUCCAAAUCACAUAAUUAGCUACCCUUUGAUCAUGGCUCCUCAUGGCCUUACCAAGUUGCUCAAACUGAGCUUCUAUUCCUUGGUAGUAGCCAUGAUGGUCAUGACCCAUCAAACCCAAGGCUUCAGGUUGGGACCUCUGUGGAGGAAGAAGAGCAAAAAUGUAGUGAUUGAUCCCACCCCAAUUGGGAUAUGUGCUUCUUCUGUUUUGGUUCAUGGAUACAAAUGCCAGGAGAUUGAUGUGGUAACCCAAGAUGGGUUCAUACUGAACAUGCAGAGAAUACCAGAAGGUAGAGAUGGGAAUGGAGGUGGUGAUGGAAUCAAGAGGCAGCCUGUCCUAAUUCAGCAUGGAGUCCUUGUGGACGGAAUGACAUGGCUUCUAAAUUCUCCGGAACAAAAUCUACCCUUGAUCUUGGCUGACAAAGGGUUUGAUGUUUGGAUUGCUAACACCAGAGGGACUAGAUUCAGCAGGAGGCACACCUCACUACAACCCAAUGAACAUGCUUUUUGGAAUUGGUCAUGGGAUGAGCUAGUUGUGUUUGAUCUCCCAGCUUUUGUUGACCAUGUCCAACAAGAAACUGGUCAGAAGAUGCACUAUGUUGGACACUCCCUGGGGACUUUGAUAGCAUUGGGAUCAUUCUCCGAAGGUUUGCUUGUGGACAAGCUGAAAUCAGCUGUAUUCCUAAGCCCAAUUGCCUACUUGAGCCAUAUGAACACUGUCAUUGGAGCUCUUGCUGCCAAAGCCUUUGUUGGUGAGAUGACUGAACUGCUUGGUUUUGCUGAGUUCAAUCCUAAAAUGAAGCUAGUUACUCAGUUUCUCGAUGCUCUAUGUGCUUCCCCUGGAGUUGAUUGCUAUGACCUCGUUUCUGCCUUCACUGGGAAGAAUUGCUGCCUAAACUCAUCAACGGUUGACCUCUUCCUCCAGAACGAGCCUCAAUCAACAGCCACCAAGAACAUGGUCCAUCUAGCUCAAACGGUCCGAGAUGGUGUGCUAGCAAAGUUCAACUACGGCACAGCCGACUACAACAUGAUGCACUACGGUGAGGCCACGCCGCCGGUGUACAACCUCUCCAACAUCCCACACGACCUGCCGGUGUUCCUCAGCUACGGCGGCCAGGAUGCGCUCUCCGACAUCCGGGACGUACAGCGGUUGCUCGACAGCUUCAGGGCACAUGACGUGGACAAGCUGUCGGUUCAGUACGUGAGGGAGUAUGCUCAUGCUGAUUUCAUUAUGGGCGUCAAUGCCAAGGACAUUGUUUUUAACCAAGUCGUCUCAUUCUUCCAGCACCACACUUGAAAUGACCACAACAAAUGCCAUGCCAAAUGGGUCCUAAUCUAGCUAUAAUAUAAUCACACACACAAUAAGUAUAUAUACAUCUAUAUUAGUUUCUUGCAAAUCAAGAAACUAGCUUUGCUCUGCCUCUCUUUUAACCUAUUGUAACACUAAUAAACCUCUCAAAUCUAUAGAGUACUUUAUGGUUUAUAUAUGUAAGCUAGUUGUUGAAGUUGUGUUAUUUGCACUUGUUUAGAAAAUGGUAGUUAUUUAGUUCUAUUGGGCUGAAUUGAUCAAUGGAUUCAAACCCAAUCAAAUUAUAUUGAAAUAUAUAUGAUAUAGUUUGGCUCUCUAAUUCUAUUGUUAGAUUGUUUAUGGUUUUCGACUUUAUGAGCCUUUUUCAGAGUUGAGCGACUAAAUAAGAUUAAAAUCGCGGAUAGAAUUGGGUUCAAUUAGAUACGACACCAAUCCGGUUCUAAUCCUGAUCUUAUCUUUUGAUUCAAUUCUAAAACAACUAGUUGCAGUAAAUGCCGCGAUACACG